UUUCAGUAUUUAUCAAAAUUUCUUAUCGGAAGACACAAAAAAUUCUAGAAAAAUAACUAAAAAUGAAAAUUCUUCGUCAAAUUCCUGCAAAAAUUCAUCGAUUUUUCCAAUGGUACUAUCCCCAUAUUAUGGUUUCGUCUCUUGUCAUUGCUAUGCUAACAAAAUGUCUACAAAUAAAUGAGAGGGAAAAUUCUCACAAUAUAAAUUUUUGGAUAAAUCUCUAUCAAAAAUUCAACAAUAAUCCGAACAAUCUAAAAUUCUGGUUAAGUUUGGCUUUUUUACUAUUUCAACUACUGCUGGUGUGGUGGAUGUUCAUUUGCUGGUGUCGUCCUUUGAGAAUUUUUUCGCAUGGCUUAUCCCAACUGGAAGUCAAGAGGCUUUAUACCAAAUUUAUACUUUUUCGCCUCGUCACUGAACUCAGUGAUAUUGAAGACAAAUAUUUGCGUUGCCACACAUCGGAGAAAAAUUUUCAAUUGCAGUCCUUCAUAGCAGCGCAUGAUGAAAUGACCAGGGCUAUAUGGAAGUUUCGUAAGGAUGUUAGACAAGUUCUAGCCCCAAAUGAACAGGAGAUUGCCUUGCCCAUUGAAAAUGUCUAUGGCUUAGCGGAAAACGAAAAGAAGGCUUUAGAACAUUCAAAAUUUUAUAAAAUGCCUACAACAGCUAUAAGAAAUCUUAUUCAAAAAAUAAUGAAUCCUUAAGAUAUAGAAAAUGUUAA